GGUUGUGGGAACAGCGAUCGAUGGUGAUACGCGGAUGCUGGUAGAUCGGUUGCUGAAAACAAGCCAUGAAAAGAAGGUGCUCGUUUAUGCGAUUACCGGGAUGGGCGGGAUCGGUAAAACAACUCUCGCUUGGAAAAUCUUCAACCACGAGAUGAUCCAAAGUAGCUUUAACCAGAUUCGGCCGGCGUGGGUGUGCAUAUCUAAAGCCUAUGAGCAAACGACUGUGCUGAAGAAGAUCAUCAUGGCUUUCAAAGGUGGUCGAGAUGAGAUCCAGAGCUCGGACGACGAAUUGCCGAAUAAACUCCGCCAGCUUGUUACUGGGAAGAAAUUUUUUCUGGUGUUGGACGAUGUUUGGAGCAUAGAAGUAUGGGAUGAAGUGCUGAAGCCACUCCUACCGGAUGCCGGCCCCGGCAGCCGUAUAUUGAUUACCACCAGGAACACAGCCAUUUCAAAGGGCAUGGACGCCGAACGCUGCCACGCGGUACAGAAACUGUCUUCCGAAGAUAGCUGGUCCCUGCUUUGCAAGAUGGUGUUUCGGGGGGGCGGGGAUGAGAGACUGAAGCAAAACUUGAAGCAUAUUGGAAUGAGGAUCGUGGACAAAUGCGAUGGCCUUCCACUUGCACUGAAGACCAUCGGAACAGUGCUGAGAGGCCGGGACUUGAUACAAGCCGAAUGGGAGAAGGUUGCCGGCGACAGCACCUGGUGGUUUGAGCAACAGGGGGAUAUAGAGGGAAUCGGUAAGCAACUAAUGACAGAAGUACUGUAUCCGAGUUACGAGGACCUAUCUUCCCAGCUAAGGCUAUGUUUCGUCUACUGUGCAAUGUUCCCCAAGGAUUGUAUACUUCGAAAAGACAUGCUUGUCCCUCUCUGGAUCGCGGAGGGAUUUAUAAAGGCGAGCAAGGAUUCAUCGGUGGAAGACACGGCGGGGGAGUACUGGAAGCAACUGGAACGGCGGUGCCUUCUGCAACCAGAUCCCGGUCGUUAUGACCAAGGCGGAUUCAAAAUGCACCCUGUCGUCCGUUCGCUCGCUCUGUACUUGGCACAGGACGAGUGCUACUCCGGAGACGUGCGGGGAUUAAGGGAGAACCAGACGGCAGACGUCACUUCAAGCUCGCCCAAGAGACGCCGCGUGCUCAUCAAGGAUGCGGAAGGAGUAUCCAUUCCCGAAGUGAUGAAAGAACCGACAUGCCUGAGGACCAUCAUCUUCCUCGACACGCCACCGCUUCAAGAAGUCGCAGAGAAUUUCUUCGAAAAGUUCACUUGCCUACGCGUCCUGGAUCUCAGCGAAGCACCAAAUUCCAAGCUUCCAGACGCUGUACAGAAUCUCAUACACCUGCGGUAUCUGAAUCUAUCCCGUUCUCAGAUGAGCGAGCUCCCGAACACUAUAGGGACGCUCAGGAGUCUUCAAUUCUUAGGCCUGGCAGAGUGCACAAUGCUUCGGAUCCUUUCGGAUGCUAUUUUAGAGCUACGCAACCUGCGGGUUCUGGAUGUUGAUGGAACACAGCUGGAAGGCAUGCCUAAAGGAAUCGGGAAGCUUCAACAUCUCAACAGACUUGUUGGAUUCAGAGUCAAUAGCAGCACAAACAAUGCUGACAUAAGUGGAGCAGAGGGUGGUGAAAGGCAGAAUGGCCGGCAGCGAAGUCCAGCUAGUUGGUGCAAUUUGGAAGAACUAAAGUCCCUCACCCAACUCAAAUUUCUCGCUGUACAGAACUUAGAGAGCAUUUCAAGCAUAGAUGAAGCAGAAAGAGCAGAACUAUCGAGCAAAUCUCGUCUAGACGACCUCCGAUUAAUUUGCAAUCCGGCACAAGAAAUCAUUACAGAUGAAGAGAAGAGGAAAAUUAAGGAGGUCUUUACCAAGCUCCGCCCGCCAACUCGCCUACAACGUCUUCAAAUAGGCAGAUACUUCGGACUCGAGUACCCUGGCUGGAUGAUGGGUGGCGGCAUCGGUUCGCAUCUUUCAGACCUGAAGCAUCUAGAGCUGAGCGAUUGCUUUUUCUGCCAGACGCUUCCACCACUGGGAUUGCUGCCUCAGCUGGAAACUCUACAUAUUUCAGGCGCCAAUGCCGUUAAAAGAAUUGGAAAUGAAUUUCUUCUGGGUGAUGCAGCAGCAGCAGCAGCAGGGCAAGCACAGCAUCGUUUCCGCGCCUUUCCAGAGUUAAAAUACCUUGCACUGAAAAAGAUGAAUAGUUGGCAGGAAUGGUGGUGGAAGGGGGAGGAGGAGGAUCAAGCUCUGCUGCCUCGGCUCGAGGAGUUAGUGAUUGAGAGGUGCGGCAAAUUGAUGUCCCUCCCCAAGCACCUCCUGCGCAAUGUGACUCGCUUAACCAUUGAAGAUGCCUACAAUGUCACAGAAAUUGGUAACCUCCCUUCUGUCAGGACUCUAAUGAUUGCUCGCAGUGGAUUGGGGAGGAUUCAUAAUCUUCUAGCACUGGACGAGUUGACAAUUGUCGACUGUUUUCACCUGAGACGCAUGGAGAAGAUUGGUGAGCUUCGGUACCUGAAGUUGCAGGAUCAGAAGAUGAGAUCCCUUCCCAACUGGUUGCGGAACAACAUGGAAGGCCAAGAGCAACUGCACUCACUUACAUAUGAAGGUUUUAAGAGCAUGUUUGCCAGCAGUGACCGACAAGAUUUCGUUGCAGCCAGGAAGUUUGAAUUUAUAUGCAGCGGUCGGCUCCUCCAGAGGUGCAUCAAAGAUGCACCUGAGUCUGAGUGGCCUAAGAUUCAGGACAUUCCAUAUGUAGAAGGCUACACCAUGGACAAAUCAAAGUAUAUCUUGUAUGACAAAUCCAACCCGGACCAUAAUUUCCAUACCAAUAUAAACAAGGAAGAAAUAACCAAUGAAACAACCACAAACAGUAGCAGUGACCUCGCUUCCCCAUUCUCCAUUGUCAUUCUUUUAUUGCUUAUAAUUGGGGUCACUAAAUUGGCGUUUGACUACAAAAGCUUCCUUCUUCCCCUCUUGAUGAAAGCUGCUGCUGCUAUCCAAAAAUUUAAAUACACAAGGUUAUGUGAUGAAAUUUAUAGUCUCUAUCAUGCAUGGCAGAAGCAAUAGUGUUUAAAAGCACAUAUUUUCCGCGCAUAAUACGCCACAGAAUUCAUACUUAGGGGGAAGACAACAUGGUGAGUCAACUGGAGAAGGCUGCACAUAACAAGGAGAUCGAUGACAAAGUUAUGGUGCAUUCUAAUGGAGGACGCUGCUUAUUUGUGACCUUGUGAAUGUGAGAUUAUAGGCACUUGUAAUAUUAUCUGUUGGGACUUAUCAUAGAACUUAACUGUUAUCGAACAGGUUUGUGGUGGUCAAUUUGUGCAUUUAUGGACUUGUAAUAUUGCUUUAACAAGCUAUGCUAGCAGAGUCGAGGAAUUGUAUUUUAGAACUUGUUAUUUUGUGAAUUUGCAUAUGUAUCUUUGCUUGAACUUGUAUUAUGUAAUGUACCUAGAUCUGAUGUUGCUUUAACAGGGCGAGCCCCGGGUGCGAAUUCAUGGCCCUGUGUCUUGUGGGUACUUAUGCUUGUAUAGGUGGACUUGUUUUGAUGGACAAGCUGCCUGGAA